UUAUUAAUUCAAUGGCUAAUAAUAAUAAUGUCAAUAACUUUGCUAUCAUUCUUAUAGUUGAUGAGAACGUGUUGUUUGUCUGUGAUGAACCCGGUGCUGUUAAUAACGACGAACAAGCUGUUGUCAACAAUCAGGAGCUGAUAACCCCGCCAGAAAUCGUAGCACAAGAGGUUGAGAUUAGCGCCGAAUCACAACACGCCCUAGGACACGUCACAAAUCCUGCCUCCGCAGACGCACCGGCUCCCGAGGGAGCUUCUCACAAACUCCCAGAUAUCUCAAGCGUUCGCACCGAAGAUAGCGUUACGUGUAGGCCGCGACACUCGGAGGGUCAGGGGGUGAAACGUUUGAGGUUACCGGAGGGGGGAACGGACGAUAUACCAACCACCAGUCGUUUAAGGACUUCGGAGAAUAACGAGCAAGGAUAUGACGAAGGAGGGCUAACAGCCUGGAGCGAUUCUAUGGUGAGCGCCUGGGAUCGUGCGUCUUUUAACGAUUCGGCAAGCGAGGAGGAGACGGAAGAGCUACCUAACGAGGACCCUCAAGAGCUGUUCCGUGAACGUGAUUUAAAUAGAAGGCUUGAUUAUGAUAUGCUUCGCCGUGUUAAUCGACGGUUUGACACACUUUUCGAUUUGAGCGGUCAAGCAUUGUCCUAUCGGGGUGCAGAAGAGAUCGUCGGUAAUGCACAAAGUGAUGUGGUGGCGAUUUUGAGGAACAUCAUUGAGUGUCAACAACAGCUCAACGAAUCCUUGCGUCACGCGGCUGAAUUUUGGAGAAGUUGCCACGAACAGCUAUAUGGUGAAUUUCGACAGUUUCAACAGCGCAUGAGCGGGGUACCGGGAGAAAUCCACCAGGUACAAGUUGAACAAAAUUUAUCUGUUAAUGCUCUUACUCUGAUCACGGAACGUUUAAAUCUAAUGCAAAGAAUGUUAUCAGAUUUGUACCGGCGUGAUCACCCUUGAUAUGUAUUGUAUUGUAUUGUUGUUUUUUAUCGUUAUUAAUUUUUUUUUUUUUUUUUUUUUUGCUUCGAUUCGCUAUUACCACCAAAUAUUUCUUACAUUAUUGUUUGUUAUUUCUUACAUGUAUUAUUGUUUUGUUCUUGGUACUGAAUUAUCAUUAGUUUCUUUCAUUUAUUAAUAUCGUCUGUUGUCAUUGAUUUAUACCGUAUUGCAUGUUAUUGUUUCCCACAUUAGGCGUUGUUUUACUUGUGGAGAAAAUGGGGUUUUGAAUUUAUACCUGCUGUAUGUUUCUGUUUUUUGUCAUCUAUAUCGCAUUGUGAAUCGUUGUUGGUGUUUUCAGGAGUAUGCACGCUUGUCUUUAAAAUUUAAAAAAGGUGUGUUUUCGAUUUAAAAUAAAUAAAAAUAAUAAUUCAAAAAUGAGUAGUAAAAGAUGUCACGAUGAUUUACAUACCCACACUUCAGAAGAUGAUCAGAGACCAUUAAGGCCCAGAUAUGAUUUUCAAAACAAUACACAACAGUUACAUGAAAUUAUUAACAAUCAUUUACAGAUGUUACCACCUAAUCCUCUUAACAUGAUAGAUAGAUUACACGAACUUAUAGACGAACAACACGAAUGGUUGGGUGCCGCUGUAGACAGCGACGAUCAGGUCGGCGCUGGACCUUCUAAUAACGAAUCCUCAGGUUACGAUCCCACAGCUCCUGAUAUGGGUCUCAGUCAGCAAUACAUAGAUAGACUAGUGAGAGAAGGAGGUAGUGUGGGUGAUUUUACGAUUGUCCCAAGACCUCGAUUUAAUGGUUUAGAAAUUCGCAGAACUUUAAAUUUUCGUGAAAUAGCGACAGAUGAUUUUGCAGCGUAUAAUAUAUUUUUACAUGAUAUUUUGAACGAGAUUGUUACGCUUUCCAGAUUAUUAGCUGGCGAGGGGGGUUUUUUUAACAUCUCUCUGCAAGGUGCAAGUCUGCCCACAGAUAUUAAUGCCGUUCUAACGCCUGAUAACAAUCACGACGUUAAUGUAUUUGUAGACCAAAUCGAACGAACCGUUCAAAGCAAUACGGAUGUGGCUUUUGAUACCGCUUUAGAGUUAUGUGUCUCUGUAGCGCGAAACAAACAAGGUGGUGUUGGUGCGCGUAGGAAGUUGACAGAACUGGCGCAUAAUCAGGUCAUACAGAAAAAUAGAAUGCAUUUGUUUGUCCCCCAAAACGUCACAGACAAUAUGUGUUUUAGUGCGUGCAUAGCUCACUUUCUAAAUCCGCAGUGUAACGACGCUGAAUUGAUGACAUUAACCAGAAAUAUACAUACCGAUCUGGGUUACGAUCCACAAGAUAAAAUUGCGUUGCAUGAUGUUUCUAAAUUUGAAGCAUUUCUAGACUUGAAAAUAGUUAUCUUUCACAGAUCUGAUUCAGGUAAAUUGGAAGUGUAUAAAAAUACGGAUGAGCCGCAUCACAAGACGUUGCAUUUGUACCUGCAUGAAGAACAUUUUUAUGGGAUAAAAAAUCUGAAAGGUUUCUUAGGUUACUCGUAU